GGGAGCCUCUUGUGUAAUAUUACUGUUUGUAUCUUGACUUUCACUCAGAGACAUCUUCACAGAGGGGAACCCGUUCACCUAGAAGUCUCUCAUCAUAACAAGAAAAAGCGUUUAAAAUGCUGUCUUCUGUUAUUGCGAAAAGACUGGUGACUGGGGUGUGCCAGGCAGCAUGGAAACCAGCAGCGGCAGCCUUGGUACCAUCACGUGGUUACCGUGGAGAUGCACCGGACGACACCAAGGGUGACCUGAUUGAGAUCCCUUUGCCCCCUUGGGAGGAGAAGCCUAACGAGCCCACUGACAUCAAGAGACGGCGCCUGCUUUAUGAGAGUCGCAAGAGGGGCAUGCUGGAGAACUGCAUAUUGCUCAGCCUUUUUGCAAAGCAAUACCUGAACACAAUGAAUGAGUCUCAGCUGCUGCAGUAUGACAGACUGAUUAAUGAACCCAGCAAUGACUGGGACAUCUACUACUGGGCAACAGAAGCCCAGCCCACUCCUGAAGUCUACCAAGGAGAAAUUAUGGAUAUGUUAAAGGAGUUCACAAGAAACCGCAACCAGGAACAGAGGUUGGAUGCACCCAGCUUGGAAUACUUGGAAAAGGAACACCAAUGAAGUCCUUGGCCCCCUGGACUCUCUCAAAGACUCAUCCUGGGUGGGGCACUGUGUGAAAUGGCAGUGUCAAAACCCACCAGAGAAAUCUCAAGGCAUGACUAUGAAGUCAUCUCCAAUUAGACACAGCAGUGUACAAAAUACUGUGGAGUGCAAAAUAUGGGAAAUACCUCAUUAUUGUCUCAUUAUGUCUCCAUUUUCUGCAACUGUUUCAUCUGUUAUAUCCUGCCUGUCGUGAAGUAGAGCUGCAUAGAGGACAUGAAAAUGGAAGCUUUAAGGGAUUUUAGCCUCAGAAAUAUGUGAUUGAAUAUUUGAUAUUAAUUGUAUAGUCUUCUUGUGGUGGAAGACUGUAAAUGGAAAUUGGUUAUGUAUCUAUAGUAUGAAAUGUAAUAGCCAUUUAUUAGCAUAGCUUGAUGAAUCACCACAGCUUGGUUCUGUACUAUAAUUUUACUGUGCCUAUUACAGACAUUAUGGGUUAUUUAAUAAAUGUUGAUCAUCUA